GGCGGUCAUGGAGGGUCAGUUGGGUAAUUUUGUUCAUCCACCAAAUUCAUCACGAUGGAGGCCUCCCGGCAAUGAGGUAUCUGACCGCGAGUUCAUGUAUGUUCUCGAUGAGAAAGUAAACAACGGUCGUGUCGAUCCGCCAUUUAGUUACAUGGUCACAGAGACCGACAUCCUCGCAGGCGAACCGUGGCAACUCCCAGGUAUAUUUAAUUAGUUAUACAUCUUAAUUUCCUUUUAAAUACUCUAUUUAUAUAUUUUUAGUAAUUUUAAUUUAAUUUUUUAUUUUUUAAAAUAUAAAAUCACAAUUUGAUGGUAAAACCGUUUGAAAUCUCGAUUAUUCUUUUAUGGGUGGAGGAAUCACCCUGAUGGUUGGUCGACUGCUGUGAGACGGAGGAGAUGACUUGCGACUGUUGUUAGGCGAAAGAGAGCAGAUCGGUGAUGAGGAACGAGCAGUGAGAAUGGUGAUCGGUGACGGAAGGGGUGAAAAUUGAUGAUCGGAGAAAGUGGAGAAAAAGGGUUCUGAAUGGGAGAAGAAUCGGGUGAUGACUAGUGAUGGAGACAAAGGCUGUUGAUCGAAAAAAAAAUGGAGAGAGGGGGUUCUGGAUGGAAGAAGAAUUCUUUUUUCGCCGUCUACAGCCUCCUCUUUUUUUGUGUGGCUCUCCCCCUUUUAAAGAGAAAGGAAACCUAGGGUUGGUUUUUUGGGUUUGGGUUUUAAUGGGCUAAUUUGAGAAACUGACUAGUGGGUUCAAUAUUUCGAAAUUAUUUUCAUGUAAAAUAAGUGUUAUUUUUUACGUAAUACAGAAGUUUGUUCGAAAAGUGUGUAAAUGUGUACCGUAUUUACGCAUUUGAUUAAUUUCUAACGCUGAAUUUGCUGAUGCAGUAACGACAGAUGAUUUGCGCUGGUAUUUUUCGAAAAGGAAAACGAAAACAGAAAGAACAGAGAGAAUCGACAGGACUAUAGCACAAUCGGAUGGAAACUCUCGAUGGCAUCAGUACGGGAAUGUAGAAGAAAUUAAGGAUUAUGAUGACAAUAAGUGGGGAGAGAAGAGGCCGUUCAAACAUAGAAUAAAUAACAACAACACAGGAUGGCACAUGAGAGAAUAUAUCUUGGACCGAAGCCGUGUUGCACCUGGCAGUGAUAAUCAUAUUGUUUUUUGUAGAAUAUUCUACAAGGAAGAGCAGUGACUGCCGGGGAAGUAACCUACAUUCUCUCCAGGGCUUAUGAUCCAUAAACUGAAUAAAGUAACCUACAUUUUCUGCAUGUCCUCAAUUCAGAAUGGCAGAGACUUUCCUUCAUCAGUGCGUUGUAUACACAAUACCCUGCCAUGUUUCCUACAGGAUAUGCAAUAUCACGAACCUCAUUUUCUUAAUAAAAUUUUCCUUAUUUGAUAUAUCUGCUGCUUUUAGCAUUUGUUGUAGUUCAAAUGAAAGGCACUUGAAACACAAUGGAAAAAGUCAAGAUGAAGGAAAUGAAGGAAAUAAGAGUAU